AUGUCUGCCAAAGAGUCCAAGUCCAAGCCUAUGACAGAAAACAACCCCCUCAACAUCACCGGUCUUGCAGCACACAGGUCGCAGACAAGCCUGGCAAACCCAUCACGCUUCUCGCCCACGAACGUCACCGCCAACACCCAGCAUACACCCCGUGCGGUGACUGCCCCGAAACAUGUUCCAGCACAUCAACGCCACAACCCUUGCUCCGGACAUCCAACCGAGAACGUACCGGUACAUCAGCACCACAACCCUCGACCUGACCAUUCAGCCCAGAAGAGCUCAAUGCAGACCUGGCGCGCCGAGUCCGCUGCCGACCAGCCCUGGAAUGGUCUUGCUCUCGGACAGAGCCAUGCCGGCACAGCUCCGAAGAAGAAGUGA